GUACACCUCUGGUUGCCUGCUGGCUGCAGUAAUGUGCUCAGAAAGAAAGCAUGGCUUUGAUUCGCUUCUCCAGUAAUACCAAGAUGUCAAAGAAAUGAGCAGCGCGAGGAAACAAGCGAGAAAUCGGUGGGAUGGGCCAACUGCACGUUCAGACCCGUCUAGUGCGUAUUCUCAGCCGGAAUGUUUCGAAACGGAGGAUAACGUUAGUGAGUCACUUACUGUGAGGCUUUGAGCUAUUACCCAAGGUAAAAGGAGACUGAUCAUGAAGCCUGAAGCAUCAAGCUGCGCUGGUGAUUUGUGUACUAGGAAGCCAUUGAGAGGAUUGCAACGUGACAAUGUGAGAAAGUCAACAAAUACAGAAGGGAGAAAAGGCUGAAAGAAAGCGUGAGAAAUGGAGAUGACCGGUGCAGUAAAUCCAGGCCAGUUGAUUGCAAUUAUUGGUGCCAGUGGAGCAGGCAAAUCAACCUUUCUGAAUGUGUUGGCAAGACAGAAUACCGCUCGUCUCAAGGUUUCUGGCUCUGUCCUUGUCAAUGGAAAAGACAUUGGAAAUGAAGUCAAAGAUAUUUCAGCAUAUGUUCAACAGGAAGACAUCUUCAUUGGUACACUAACAGUCAAAGAACAUUUGAUUUUUCAGGCUAUGCUGAGGAUGGAGAAGACCAUAUCAACAGCUCAGAAAUGGAAACGAGUCGUUGAUGUCCUUCGAGAGAUGGGAUUGCAAAAAUGUGCGAAAACUGUCAUUGGCAUUCCAGGCAAACUGAAAGGAAUAUCAGGAGGUGAAAAGAAACGACUCUCGUUUGCUUCAGAGAUUUUGACCAAUCCUCCUCUUCUGUUUGUCGAUGAGCCGACGUCGGGAUUGGAUUCAUUCAUGGCUGAGACUGUGGUGAAAGUGUUGCAGCAAAUGGCUCUAUCUGGACGAACAAUUCUGUGUACGAUCCAUCAGCCAUCAUCAGAGAUAUUCGAAAUGUUUGGAAGUUUGUUGCUUCUCGCUGAGGGUCGCACUGCAUAUCUUGGUCCGAGAAAUGCAGCCAUCCCAUACUUCAGACGUCUUGAAUAUCCAUGCCCUGAUAACUACAAUCCUGCCGACUUUUACGUGCACACGCUGGCGAUCGUUCCGGGAAGAGAAUCGGAAUGCAAAGAGAGAAUCAAGCAAUUGUGUGAUAAGUAUGAUGAGAGCUCGGAGGCUCAGCUGGUGAGCGACAACGAUGGAUUCAAGAAUUCACAAGGAGACGAGGUGGACUUUAAAGUGAAGGCAGGAUCAGGCUACAAAGGAUCUCUGUUGAUUCAAUUUCGUUACCUUCUCUGGCGCUCGUGGAUAACCCAGACUCGUGAUCCAACUCUAGUCAGAGUGAAGUUCUUUCAAGCCAUUUUCAUGGCUGUUCUGAUGGGGUUGGUUUACUUGCGUGUUCCUCAUGAUGAGCAUCGUCUGCAGAACGUAUCUGGAGUGAUAUUCUUUGUCUGUGUUAACAGCAGUCUUGUCAAUCUUUUUGCAGUGUUGCAGACUUUCCCUAUGGAAAUGCCUGUGUUUCUGAGAGAACACGGAAGUCGACUUUAUCGAACUGAACUCUACUACGUAACUAAACACUUUUCAGACGUUCCAUUUGUUGUAGUGCUGACGUUCGUCUACUCUAUUAUCAUCUAUUGGAUGGUCGGUCUCCAAGAGCAGGCUGACAAGUUCUUCAUUUUCUAUGCGCUGCUACUUGUUAUUGCAAACAUCGCUUUAGGUUUUGGGUACAUUAUAUCUGCGGCUGCUAGUACCGUUCCUGUAGCUCUGGCUCUUGGUCCAGUGACUGUCAUUCCAAUGAUGUUGUUUGGUGGUCUCUUUGUCAAUAUCGAUUCCAUCCCUGUGUAUUUCUAUUGGAUUAGUUACAUCUCGUGGUUCUAUUACGGGUUUGAAGCAUUGAGCAUCAACGAGUGGGCAGACGUCAGCAAUAGCACCUGUUCAAGCCAAAUUAUUGGAUGCCCUCGGAAUGGCACUGAAGCUCUGAAGUUCUUCGGUCUCGAUGAAUCUCAUUACAGUCGAGAUAUUGCCAUUCUCUUUGCUCUACUUAUUGCUGCUCGUCUCGUGGCUUUGUUCAUUCUCAAGUUUCGGGUGUACAGACACGAGAAACGCUAAGAGAACUCGGUUGACAUGCAGCAGAGGAACAAACUUUAUAUGCUUAAGCUAUUUGCACACAUUAAGACAUAUAGAUGUUUGUCUACGGACAAUGGACAGGUUGUUGUUUGCAGCUGAGCCAAUAUCACUGUCAGAAUUUAUUAUCAAGAUUAGUAA